AUGGAGGGUGGCAAAGAGGGUGGCAAAGAGGGGGCGAAAGAGGGUGGCAAAGAGGGUGGCAAAGAGGGUGGCAAGAGAGGGAGGGUGCAAAGAGGGGCAAAGAGGGCGAGAGGGUGGCAAGAGGGUGGCGAAGAAAGGGGUGGCAAAGAGGGUGGCAAAGAGGGUGGCAAAGAGGGUGGCGAAGAGGGUGGCAAAGAGGGUGGCAAAGAGAAAGAGGGUGGCAAAGAGGGAAUUGUGAAGCAAAUCACGUGCAGUUCACAUGCGGUUUGCUUGCAAGCUCUGGUCUAUGUGAAUAUCAAUAAAGCUGUAUUUAUCUGA